GAAUUGGAUUGUCAAUAAUUGUCAAUUGUCAAUUGUCAUUUGUCAAAGCUCAAAGUCAAACUGAAACUACUGUACUGCGAAGGUUGUGUUGUGUAACGUCGUACACAAUCACAGUAUUUUUAUCAAGAAACUUAAUUUAAUCUUUAUAAAGAUGUAUAUUGUAUCAAGUCUUGUGAAAGUUACUAUUCCUAAUUAUUUAGCCAGUUUACCGAUACCUGAUUCCAUCGGCGGCUGGUUUCGUCUUGGAGUUAGGGACUGGCUCGCUUUAAUACCUCCUACAGCAGUAGUAGGUGGCAUCUCAUAUUAUUCAUAUCUAACUAUCAAGAAGGCAAGGGAAGCCGGCAAUGGACAAAUAAACCCAAUAAUAAGGAAAGACAUUCAAAAAGUGGUGGACUUUAUUGAUAUAGAGGAUAUCACAGAGAAAGCUGUCCUUUGCAGAUGUUGGAGAAGCAAAAAUUGGCCGUACUGCGACGGCGCGCACGGGGCUCAUAACAGGGCCACGGGCGACAACACCGGCCCAGUAGUCGUCAGACAUAAGCCGACGGAAUAACCAGUGCAAGUUCCGGAAUCGUAGCUACGGCAUCUACCAAGGCCAUUUCAAACUUACCGCUAACAAGAAUGGACAAUGAUAUCUCCUGAUACUAUGACAGAUUGGCAUAGCAUUAAUACAGAAUAACAUUCCCGUUAAUUCAGAUAAGGCCGUGGACUUCAUUUCCCGUAUUUGCUAAAUUUUACGGUCUUAUGCAUUGUUGAUAGCCCUAGCUAUAGAUCCCAUGCACCGAAUCUAUGAAGUAUGUACCAGUGAUAAAUAAUGUGAUCAUGUUAAGCGAAAUUUGUUGUAUAUUGACACAAUAUUUAAUUUUCUAAGAACAAAUAUUUUUAAGUUAUCGUAUUGCAUUUUUAGCGCAAUUUUUUGCAUGGAGGCGUGUUUCGAAUUUUUGUAAUCAGAUUAUUGAAUUAUGAUCAAAUAAGCAUAAUAAAGUGGAUUGUUAUGAUAUUAAA